UACCUGUCGGCUGCCGCUCGCUGUCAGUCGAGCAGUGUGUGUCUGCCGUGAAAGUCAACCGUAAAACCAUCUUCGAUUUUUAUGUUUUGAGUGAAAUCAUGGCAGUGGUCGGUGGGUCGAGGGAUUCCCUGUCAUGGGACGAGUCCGUAGGACUCUUUUUAAAAAUCAAGAGUCCAGUUACUUCCAAAAACCGGGGUCAACUGGUGCAGGUCCUGACCGAUGUGUGCCAAUCACACGCCGCUUCCUCCAGAUUCCGUAUGAUGCUUGACCAGCGGCAGCUUCAAAAACUGAUUGAGCAUUGCCUCACUUUCACUGUGACACCUGGAGAGCGUUAUUCCUACCUCAUGUGCCAGCUCCUGAAUUCACUCCUUCGGCGCCAAGGAGCAGCCAUGUUAUCAUCGGAGACUUCAGAUAAAGUCAUCUUGUGGUUCAGUAAAGCCCUGCACGCAAGUUCAGGUGAAUUUCAGAGUGAAGAAACAAUAUGUGAAAUACUGAGAGCAUUAUCUAACAUUCUACGAGAUGCUCCUGAUCAUACAGAUGAAAUUUAUACAAGUCUUGCUGGCACACAGGGAAGUCUAAUUCGUACUCUAGAAUUUAGUUCUUCAUAUUACGUUCUUGCUCCUGCCAUGCAGUGUUUGCACCUCCUGACUUAUGUAACUCCAGAAGUUAUAACAGAAACUCGUCAACAUGGAGAUGAAAUAUUCCCUGCCGAAGUGGUGUCUAGCAUACAGCGAAUUGUUAUACGCAUUUUGAAACAACCGUUACCUAUUCCCACUAUCUGCCCCCAUAAACUGUAUUUGAAUUUAAUUGCUUCAGCCUUAAAUAUUAUAUACAAUUUAGUAGUUUGUGCACCAAAUGAUGUUCUUGGAAAUAUUAUUGUCAGUGCUUGCCGUCCAUUUGUGUUCUAUGGAUUGCCCGGAUUCGCCCAUAGUGACCUGAUGCGGUAUGUGACAGAAGCAGAAGUUGAUAUCCCUAUUUCUUCUGGUGUUGAUAGUGAUGUAUCAUCAAGAAAUUACACCAAUCGUAAUCGACGGAAAAGACUGAGACGAAAAAGGGCCCAGCCAUCUCGAUCAACAGCAGAUUCUAACUCCGGCCCCUGCCCUUUAAUGCCAAAUAUUGAAGGAGUAGCUGUUGGCAUCAAAAGUCCACCUCCUGCUUCAGCUUUAGCUGCACUUUCUUUAAAGCCACAGUGGGCAAGAACAGACAGUGGUACAAAUAAGGAAAAUGCGUCUAGUAACACGGGUAUUGUUGCCGGUGAGGAAAGUAUUUCGGGGACAGCCUCGUGCGACAACAGCUCUGUCGAAGUUCGUACAAGUGGAUCUGAAACCGAUUUUUCUGAUUUAGAGGGAGGAAGCGAAAAAGAAUCUAUUCUUAUGGCACGUGUUAGACAAUGCUCCCUUCAAGCCAUAAAUGCUGUGAUUGAUAAAGUGGGAAAACAACAUAAGUUUAGCUACUGGCCUCCCCUCAUGUGUCAGAAUCCGUCUUUGAUGACCAGCGUUCUAAAAGAUCCAUCACCUUUGGUUCGAAUGGCCUCACUGCAAGUCAUAAACACUUUCCUCCUUGACUCAUCUCAGGUUCUGACCUUUGCUGUGGACAACGUAGGCAAGAGUUCCUACACAACUCUUGGCCACCAGCUUGGCACCAGUCUUCGGGAGUUACAUCGCUGCCUUGCCUUGGCUUUGCUCUCUGAGAAGUUUCCUGGGGCACUUGUGAGAACUCUGAAAACCAUCGAGUUACUUGUUGAAAAUGUUAACUAUUCAAAACUGAAGCCAGGGUUGUUAACUAAAAUUGUCACUCAUGUCAAAUAUUUCAUGAGGUAUAAAGAGGCAGUUGUCCAAGCAAAUGCUUUUUCUGUAAUGGUGAGCAUAUUAAUGAUCAAGCCGCAAGUCCCAGAGUUGCAGGAUGUUCUUUUGAGAUACCAGACUCCAGCUCCUGUAUCUUUAACAUCACCGUUGGAGGUCGUUAAUUCAUCAGUAUUGGAAGAAGAAUUGCCUGGAGAGGAAAUUGAUGAUGAAAAUAAUCUGAAGAGAGCCAUGGAGGUAAUGAAUUUGGUCAGUGAAGAUGAAUGUGACAAAUCUGAAGAUGAAGCACAGGGUAAGACCAUGGUUUCGUGGCUUAUACAACGGUGCGUUGAUUCUUUGCUCACCCCAGAUCAUGAUGCGGUUAGGGGAAUAUACAUUCAGGUACAACUCCAGUCCUUAAAAGUAUUGAGUGCCUUCGUCAGUGAACACUUACCCAUUAUUCAUCAGAGUUUACCUCUCAUUCAACAUGUUAUAUCAGUCUGCAGCGAUGCCGUAAAGGAACCACAGCAGAAACCUGUAAAUUUUACCCACGAAUCAUCAGACAUUGAUCCAUCGUUGAUGUCGCCUGAUCCAGGCGUUGUAGUGGAGCAUGCAUAUACACUUUUAGGAUCCUUGCUUGGAGCCGUAAAAACUGGGACAGAGAAGACUCCAAAUGCUUCUUGCAUUUCUUCUGAUCAAGUUCAACAACUUUGGCUCUGGACCUUGCAGGGGCCAUUGCAAGCUUUAUUACAGAUGGCAGGAGCAACUCAAAAGGCUUCUGCAAAUGAUGGUGAGGAAAGAUUUCAGAAAAAAAUGGAAAACAAUGCAAACUGGAGACAUCGAGAGAAUGACGUUCCAAGGAGUCAAGAGCAAGUUAAACAAAUAGUUGCUAUGGCAACUGUCUUAUCACAUCUGAGCUCCUCUAUUUUUGAAAGCCUUGGAGAAGAAUGGAUAUCUCAAGUCAUCAUGACCGUAAGAUGGCUUGUUACUAAUCAAGACCCGGAGUUACGACUGGCAGGUGUUCGAAUAAUGGCCAUUAUUGUUGGAUUCUCUGGAGUCGUCGGCAACCCUGGGGGACCCAGCCUAUUACAGGAAACAAUUGUAACCACAUUAGAUAUCUUAUCUGAAAAAGAAAGUAACGUAAAUCGAGAUCGUCUGUUAGCAUCCUGGGCUUUAGCUAAUAUGUCAUCGGUGCUGGAGGUCUACUGUGAGAAUUGGAAGCAAACUGAAUCAGGUUCCCAAGAUAAAUUUCUUUCUUCGCAACUAAUUGCACGACUAUUAGAAGUGGGAAUUCGUACUUGCAACGACAAGAACAAGAUAAGAACUCAUGGUGUACGUUGUGUGGGAAAUGUAACCAGCUUCUUAAAAGCAAGUCAGGCUGUGCAUCCAAGUAUUGCCCCACUGGUAACAAAAUCUGUGGAGAUGUUGGUGACAUGUUGCAGCACUGGGAAUAACAUGAAAACAAGAUGGAAUGCAUGUUACGCUUUGGGGAACAUUCUAAGCAGUGGCCGACUUCCUAUUACUACUGUUUCUUGGAGGGGACAGGUGUUGAUGACCUUGGGAAAAUUACUGGAGAGUUUCAAGAACUACAAAGUACGAAUUCAGGCAUGCAGUGCCUUGUGCAGCCUGAGAUCUCGAGAGGAAUUUGGAACAGAGUACGUUGCAAUAUGGCACGUCCUCUUCAGUGGACUUGAUAACGCUCAGAAUAUCAUCGAUUAUCAAGAAAUCAGACAUAGAGAUGAACUUUUAAAUCAGAUAUGUCAAGGGAUAUGUCAGUUGACUACUCAUCUGACCUUAGAAGAUGCUGGCAUGCUUGCUGAACUUCUCCAGUUGCACCAAGACAUGGCUCAUCCAUUGUUCAAGAAAGCCCACGUAUCCCUUCCACCAGAGAGAACUGGUUUUGCUCUUUCAGCACAGUCAAGAGUAGAAGAACUUUUACGAUCAGAUGCCUUAACUGAAUCUCAGGAACAAGCCUUAUCAAUCUUACAGAAUUUAAUGGCUAGUGAGGAUGUUAAUGUGAGAAAUUAAGUGUUACAUAUAAUAUUAUCUGGUGUUGAAGAUGCUUUGGUCUCGAGGACACAGCCCUUUUGGAUUGGACUAGCAAAAUUUGGGGGUAUCCUAGCAAUAUGUAGAUCCUGUUAACCACAUACAGUCUGCAUUUUUCUUUUACAGUACAUAGAUACAGAAAGAUUACACCCAAAGUUUACACAUAGCCUAGAGGUAAGUACACAUGGUAUGAUUAUGCCUAUUUGUAUACACCUACACUAAAAUAUUCCAGUUCUGUAAUUCAAUGUUUAGCUGUCCUGUUUUUACCCUCACUAGAUUGUCUGUAUUAGUAUAACCAAAGAUUGUUAUAUGUGGGUUUAAAAUAAAAACAAUACAUAUCAAGCUGGCAACAAUUCCCUGGCUUUAUUUUGGUUGUCACGCUAGAAGUAUUUGCUUGCCUAUACAGCAUAUUGAUUAUUGUAGCUUUUCAUUUCAAUUAUUUCAAAAAUACUUAAGUAAUGCCUACAGUGUGCUGCAUGAGGUUUACUGAUUGCACUAACACCCCCCCCCCUCCCAACGGGGAUAGUAGGAUAAUGAUAUCUGAUAUGCAACACAUAAAUUACUAUAACCUAUUGACUUGUCUACUGUAAUCUGCUGAUGUGGGAACAAAUCUUUGUGAUUAGGCUACAUGUUUUUGAUUUUUAUGAUAAUUUUUGUUUAUUUAAUAUUUUUAAAUAUAAUUUAUGCACCAUUCAGGGGUCACAAAGUAAUUCUGAUUACUGUUUAGCAAAUGAUAACCUUCCUCUGGGGUUACAAUAGACCUAUGAAAAUUUUUUAGUAAUGGAUGAAUUGUGAAUUUCCGAGACCUAUUCUAGGAUAAAAGUAACGUCUUCAACACCAGAAAAUAUGGUAAUAAUUUUAUUUUGAAAGGUGCUAAUAUGGUAUUAUAUCAUUUUGUUUUAAUAGUAUUAUAGAAUUUAUACCAGAGUUAUUACAUGUUCGUAUAUAUUUAUAUUGUACAUUUAAAGCUCUUCAUUUAAAAUUUAUGGUAGAGUUUGACUGUGCUUUUUGCAGCUAACAAAGUUCAAAACAAAAUGGAAAUGUUGUAUAUGAUCUAGUACAGUACUUUCAUUAUUAAAUAAUUUUUGAUAGUUCUGGGAGAGAGAGAGAGAGAGAAGGUAGCAGUAGAUCUGCUUGUUAAUCUAUUGCCCUUAGAUUUUUAUGUUUGUGCCAAAUGAAGUUUCUGUCAAGAAAUAGUGUUCAUAGUCAUUAUUUUCAGUCAUUAUAGCUAAACUUUAGAUGCUUUUGCACAUUUCUGCUUUUCGUAUUCAGAUGUGAUUUCAUGUGUUUAGAACAAUCAUGUUUUUGUUAUCAUUUGCAAGAAAUCUGUCAAAAGUGGAAGAUCUCACAUCAUUUAAUUAAUAUCUUAGGGAGGUUGACCUUCACUAAUGAUUGUUUUAAGACAAAUAUGUUUGCUAGAUAUGCAGUAUUUUAUUAGAUAAAGAAAUUUUUCCAGCAAUCUAUGUAUUUCAAGAAAUGUUGCUAAACUAAAUUUCAUAGGCAAGAGCAUAUUUUCUUUUCAUUGCUUUGCACUACAAAUAAGUAAUGUUUUUGUGUAUAGCUGAAUAAGUAAAAAAAAAAUCAUAAAAUGUCUGUAAAAUGUUAUUCUUCUGAAUUGCUGAACAAGUCAUAAAUUUAAAAAUGUUGGUAAUACAUUGUAAAGUAAAAUCUCAAUUUUCAUGUCCAACCAACUUCCUGGUCCAUGCAGUGAUGACAUUUCCAUUCUUGUGAGACAGAUGAUGGGAAGAAGAAAAUCCUGCAUUUAACGACCGAGCAAAUACCAACAAAGAGGUUCCCCAUCUGCCACACAGCCUUGCACAAUUUUGAGAGAUGGGACCACUCUGCUAGAUAAUUUAUGCAUCCUGCCACUACACUGAAGACUUCCACAAUGAAUGAGGAACGACUGUUACAUCUUCCCAGACAACGCCCAGAGCUUAACAAUAUUAGUUCUGUUGGCAUAACUCCUACACAGCAAGCCAACAAGUCAGUAGUGAAAGCAUGGAGGCCUUGGAAGACCACUUGAAGCUCUUAGAAGCUGAUAUGGUGACAACUCUCUUCUCUGGACCAGACACCUAACCUAUCAAUUCCAACAGAUGGCCUUACCAUUGCAAUGUUAAGGCAUCUGUAAAACAUGAGAAGAUCUGAGUCAAGAGAUGCUAGAGGAACUUAUCUAAAAGGUUCUUAAUACCGCCACCAACAAAGGUUGAGAAGAAUGUCCUCUAUAGUUGUGAUCCUGACAGUGCGAAGAAACAAUCCCAGACAAUGCACCCAGAAAGCCACUGGUAUAAGAAUCCUAGUGAAGACCUGAAGGGCAGUACACAGAUGGAAUUAAAGGGCCCAGAACAAGAGCUCACAGCCUUGUGAUACAAAGAGUUGAUACCUCCUCGAUAGCAACUGAAUGGGGAAAUGGAAGUAUGCAUUUCUGUGGUCUGUGGAAGGAAGGAAGUUCCCUCUGCAAAUAGAGGUCUCUCCAGUCUUCAGGUCUCCUUAUGGAAGGGGAUCAAGCAAAGAAAUCUGUCAACUGGCUGAGGUCAAAUGGUUGGUCUCCAUCCUCCUAAAGACUUCAGAAUGAAGAACACCCCAAUGAUUUGGGCAGAAUCUCUCUGAUGACACCGUUCUGCAGCAUGGUGUUCACUUAGUUAUCAAGGACUUAAAUCUCAACACAAUUGGAGAGGUAGGAGUCAAAGACAAUCUGAUUAGACAGCAAUCAGGGACAUGCAUCAAGAAAUGACAACAAUUAACUGAAAUAAAGAAUGCUGACAUCCAUGGCUACAAGCUGAUAGACUCCCAGACCUUCCAGUUUUUAAGAAGAAAUCACCUAACCUGACAAGGAGAGAUCAUAGGGGUUUGCGGUUUGCAGGAGGCGGGGCCGACGCAACACGUUUGCUUCCAGUCUUCGCAUCCAACAUGGCAGCAAAUCUAUCUUCCAAAACAGAGUCCAAUCUCUUAAGAACGGCCUGACAUAAAGCCUUGGAUGGAUCAGCAAGAGAAGGGGCCAACAACAUGGAAGGGAGAUGCAGCAAAAUGAAAGGCAGCAAUGCAAAUGAUGACAACACAGAUGAGCGAAGCAGUGCAGUGGAGGAAACUGGGAGUGACGUCAUCGAUGGAAGUGACGUCACUACAGGCGCUGACGUCACAGCUUCCCCUCAGCCCGAGGAGGAAGCGGAUGCUACUGGCGGAGGGAUACAAAAUGGCUGACCCUGUGAUGUUACCGGCGGAGCUGACGCCAUGGGUUCCCUCUGACUCGAAGGAGCUGCAAUCGUUGCUGGCAGAGCAAUAUUAUAUGGCUGACCUCGGCUACCAACGAAGACGAGGCCAGGAGGUUGGGGGAGUGCUUGGGUAGCCCGAGGAGUGGAAGGCGAGCAUCCGAGAAGUGCGUCGGCAAACCCUUCAAGGAGGGUGGACCCCGUAGACCAAGCGACCCCCAGAGCGCUGCCAUUUUGGAUGCUUUAAGACUCUGAAAUGAAAACAUUAAAUUUAACUCCUGAGGAAGAGGGGGGGCGACAUUACAUAACAAAUCAGCCUGAGGUCCUCCUGAUACUUCCAACGAUGAAUCGAUGGAAGAAAAGGAAGGAGACCAAGGCACUACACUAGCAUGGGGUGUGACUACGGCAGGAGACGAAGCAUCAGGAAGAGGAGAUGAAAAUCCCUCCCAAGAAGGAAGGGUAGAAACUCUACGAUGCUGCUCCCUCUUACUAUAAAAGAAACUUCCACUGCUCUCUAGGCCACAUUCUGUGCAGGGAUUCGUUAUGGUACAAAUAUUAGAAUGACACCUACUGCAAGUCUUGGGGGGUCUGUUGCUGAAGAAGUAAAAAAAAAUGAGAACACAGGAAACCUUGAGUACCAGGGCACACAUGUUAUCGAGGCCGAGAAGGAGCAGUAGAAGCCAUAAUACAAGAACACACACACACACACAGAAUCACAAGUGAAAAUGGGGAAUGAACCGGGUAAAAGGCUGAGAGAGGGCAAUCACGACUGUUGCCCAGGUGGUUAAGAAAAGGACUGAACGCUGUAGCGUGGUCCUUGACCGCUUUUCACCCGAUAUACACACACAUUGCUAGAUCUCACAAGAUUUCUUGCUUUUCAUCUGCAAAAGUUUGUUUGCGUAUGAACAACUGCAUCUUUGACUAUCCUGGCCUCCUGUUGGUGUGGCAUCAAAUCUAGGGCAAUUGCUGGCAGACGAGGCCUGGCAGUAAGGUGACCCAAGUUGAGAAGCAGCGUGGGCUGACAGUGACAACAAGGAAGCUAUAAUUCCAAAAUUAAUGGUGGCAGCCCUAGGGGCAGCUGAAGUUAACUUCUCUCCCAUGGCUUGAACCAACUGAAUCAUGCAAUAAGCGCAGACAGACUAGGGAACCAAAGGUAGCGAUUACUGUGGUAGAUACAAAUGGGAAUAAAUGCGACCACACAAACUUUACCGUACAGACAGUGAACCUGACAAGAACAAGGCAAGGGUAGAAAGAUAUGUAAAUACCCUAACAGUAAGCAAAUAAUCAAACUAAAAUAUGUGAACAAGAAGCAACACAAUUAAAGAAUUGCUUAGUUUAAAACUAUGUAAAUUCUGAAGUUACAUGGCUGACUGAGGAGUCUGUAAAUACACAGAAAACAUAAAUGCAGUAGGCUACUCAGCAACAAUUCAGUUGUGCUGGUUGCCAGCUGAAAGGUCCAUCACAAAACACUAGAGAAGUCAUGGAUUCAAGACCUGGAAAGUUGGCUGGGCAUAUUCACUUGAAACUUUGUCUGAAAUGCUUGGCUUUGUUGCACCUGGAUACUUGCUGCUCAGCUGAAAGGCUGCCUUAUGAUUAAAGGGUUUGCAAUAAAAAAACCUCCUUACAUUGUAAUUUUUUUAAGUUGACUAUUUUUACAUAUUUUGUUAAUAAUUUUAUAGAUAUUUGUAUUAAAACUUGUUUUUUAUAA